UGUUGCCGCUUAUCACACGAACCUAAAUGUCAACAAACUUUGCUAGACCGGCUUGACCAGCUGUACCUGAUUUAGUAUCAAUCUGGUGAUGGUCGGUCCCAAUACGUUUCCCGUUUAAAUAUAUUGCAGUUGGUCAUGUUGUAGUACUGUGUUUGUCGAAAAUUUCUUUUCAACAUACCAUCAGGUGGUAUCUUCGCUAGAUCAGGGUGAGUCAUCGCCUUGUUCUACAUCUUCAUAUAUACUUUCGCUAUACAAACGACAGUCAUCGAUAAAGGCUUGCAAAAGCACCAGGAUGUUGGAAGAAGGCCCUUGGUUGGUGCGACCUACUGACAUCGUAGUUAUCCAUCCUGGAUCUCGCAACCUGCGCAUCGGACUCGCCAGUGAUGCCACCCCGAGAACCCUUCCCCAUUGCGUUGCUAGAAAACGACGGCGACAGACUGCCGGGUCUGCCCGAAAGAUCACGGCCCCUCGAACGCCAGCUAACUAUCAAUAUUUGCCCCCGGUGUCGGCAAAUAAUGAGGUGCUUAGCGUAAUCGACAAAAAGGCCCAUCAGUUGUCUGGACUUCUGUCAAACUGUUUGACUUCGAAAGGGGUGCAGCGGUUUACGGUCGAGCAGAGUAGAACCAUUCAAGUUGGCACGAUCAGUGUUCAGAUGGGUGACGAUAACAGUUAUGUAAAUCCCGCUGAAAACGUAGAGAAGCUUUUUGGCGAUGAAGCUCUUCGCGUUCGUCCCGGUUCAGACUUCGAUGUAUUCUGGCCAAUGAGGCGAGGUCGACUAAAUCUUCACAAGGGUAUAGGCGGUUCUUUGACGGCAGCCCUGCAUGACCUUAAAGACAUUUGGGACUGGGCAAUUCGGGAGCACCUAAGCACAACCCCCGAAGGAAAAAGUGCGAUACUGAUCGUGAGCGACGUUUAUGUAGCUGAGCAUGUAAAAAGAAUAGUAGACUUGCUCUUCCUUGAGCUGGGUUUUCAACGACUUUUUGUCCACGUUGAGAGCGUGUGCGCCGCUUUUGGCUCGGGAAUGGCAUCCGCCUGUGUUGUCGACGUUGGAGAUCAGAAAACUUUAAUCACAUGCGUCGACGACGGAAUCUCCCUCAAGCAGACAAGACUGCUCAUGGAGUUUGGAGGGGCGGAUCUCACACAAUUGAUGAAGUAUCUUUUUAAGGAGAAAAUGCCCUGGGGCGUUUACAAACCAGAUUCCAUUUACGACUCCCGUCUACUCGAUCGUCUCAAGCAAUCUUUUUGCCACCUGAACUUAGAUCACUGUGGGGAGAUUGAAGGACGGUUCAUGCAUUCGCCUCCGGGGGACACGCCAAGGGAAUUUUCUCUGAGUGUCGCUGAAGAGGCGAUGAUUACUGUUCUCGGUGCGUUUUCUCCAGAUAUGCUUGCUUUAACGGGGCCCAAGCGCAGCCAUUUGCAUGCUCCGCAGGUUUGCGAUCCUCAGGACCCUCACGAUGACCUGUAUAUUCUACAAACUCAGCGAAAACGUGGCGAUGCCGAAUUUGACGAAGGUGAUGACGAGGACGGCCUUCCAACUGAACUUAAGGACCCCAUAAGGCUUGAGACUAUACCGAUUCCCCAGGUUCUUGGAAUCGAUGUCGCUAUCUUACAAUCGGUGGACCGUUGCGAAUCGGAAGACGUCAAACGAAAGAUGCUCUCACAGCUACUUUUAGUCGGGGGAGGAUUGUCUUACUUUCCAGGAGUUGCCACCUGGCUACGCAACCGUCUCGCUGUACAAAUGCCAAAAGCACUUCAAGGUGAGCCAAUUGAGAUUGUGACUCGAGCAAAGGAACUCCCGCCUGAUUCGUGCGUAUGGCGAGGUGCCAACAUAAUGAGUCAACUGGAUACUAGUCACGAAUUAUGGAUUUCAGCGGCCGACUGGCGCCGCUACGGAAGCAAAGUUUUACGUGAACGAUCAGUCUUCGGAUGGUGAUAAUUGCAAGAUUUAGAGUUAAAUGGUCUAUGUUUAUAAGUUCAAUCCGGUAAAACGUAUUUAUAUAUUCGAUAUACGUAUUUCGACCUUAAUGUUUUUUUUUUUUGGAUAUUCGUUUUACUUUUAGUUUUUGACGUUGAAUAUCAUAAACUGGCCGUUAAUUUUUCUUCGUUCAAUCCCUUGUCCAUUACAUUGUAAAUCUUGGCCAGCUUGAGCGCUUUCCAGGUAUUCGUAGCCCAGUACAGAUCUGGGUCGCACAUAGCCCAAACAGGCUGGGGCAUAUUUCACGACAAAGGAGUCAGACAACUCCAGCAUUUUCCUUGUCAUUUUCCUCCAUAUGCAAAUGUCGUUUUAUUGCUAUCUGUUGUAAGAUAUCAUCCUGAAGAUGAGCACUAUCUCGAUAUUCGUAGUAAUGUAGCUAUGAGACUACCGAAAAGUGCUUGUAUGUAAAUUUUAGAAAUGCGAAUUGUCAUGAAUAAA